AUGAAGACCUCCAGCGCCCUUCUCCUGGCCUCUACCCUCGGCGGCGUCUUUGCUGCUCCCGCCUCUACCCAGAGCGGCGUCACCUUCUCUGCCACAACCACCUUCAACGGCAAGUCUCGUCACGUUGCCCAUGAUCUUGAGCGUGCCUUCAACAAGUACGUCCCUGCCGAGAAGCGCGCCGAGAUCCUUGCCUCGCUCGCCUCCUCCAACACGGCCCGCUCUACCGGCUCUGCCAUCACCAACCCCGAGCCCAACUCGGACCACGUUGAUGCCCUCUACCUGACCGAGGUCAAGAUCGGCACCCCCGCCCAGACCCUCAAGCUCGACUUCGACACGGGCUCCUCGGACCUCUGGGUCUUCUCCACCGACACCGACUCCUCCGUCGUCAACGGCCAGACCCUCUACAACCCAAAGAGCUCGACCUCUGCCAAGCAGAUCCCCGGCGAGACCUGGGCCAUCCACUACGCCGACGAGUCCCAGUGCUCCGGUAUCAUCUACUCUGACGAUGUCACUGUUGGUGGCCUUACCGUCAAGGGCCAGGCUGUCGAGUCUGCCCAAACUGUCUCCCAGCAGUUCACCGACGACGCCCAGAGCUCUGGCCUCCUCGGUCUUGCCCUCAGCAAGGGCAACACUGCCUCCCCCACCAAGCAGAAGACCUGGUUCGACAACAUCUCGGCCAGUCUCGACAAGAAGCUCUUCACCGUCCGCUUGAGACACCAGGCUGCCGGCUCUUACAACUUUGGUUACAUUGACUCCAAGCAGUACUCUGGCGCCAUCAGCUACACCCCUGCCUCUACUGACGACCUCGGCCACCGUCUCUUCAAGUCCAACGGCUACUCUAUCGGCUCGGGCGCCACCAAGUCGGCUUCUAUUACUGGUACUGCCGACACUGGUACUUCCCUCUUCAUCCUCCCCGACACCAUUGCCAACGCCUACUGGGCUGGUGUCAAGGGCGCUCAAAAGGUCGCCAUCAACAACGGUGCUGGUCACGCCUGGCUCUACCCUUGCUCCACCACCCUUCCCAGCUUCAACUUCAACGUUGGCAGCGGCAAGGCCACCGUCCCCGGCGCUGACAUGAACUUUGCCCCCAACGGCAACGGCCAGUGUGUUGGUGGUAUUGCCACCCUCAGCGGCCUCGGCGGCAUCUCCAUCUUUGGUGACGUUGCCCUCAAGUCCAACCUUGUCAUCUUUGACGAUGCCAACAACCAGCUUGGUUGGGCCAAGGGUCUCUAA